AUGGAUAUCGUACCUCAGAUUAACUUUCAUUUGCAUUCCCUCAUUUUAUUCUUAAAGUGUCCAUUUCCUGGAGAAAGUGAAGAGGAGAUUUUUGAAAGCAUCACCAAACUUGAUGUCCGAUACCCUCGCCACCUGAGCAUGGAGGCCACGGUGAUCAUGCGACGGCUAAUGCGUCGAAAUCCUGCGCAGCGCCUUGGAUCUGGGGUCCGAGACGCUGAGGACGUAAAACGGCAGCCAUUUUUUCGUGGUAUUGAUUUCGAUGCCCUCCUUGCUCGACAAAUCAAACCACCUUUUGCCCCUAUUGUGGUAAGUACCGGUUACGAGACAUCUUUCUUAGGUUUACAAUUUAUUCCUCAGGAUAUAUCGCUCCUCGCAAUUGUGCUAUCGCCUUCACUUGCAUUCCUAUCCUAA